CCAUCGGUUUUCGGCCAUUCGAGAGGGAGGAGAGGGAGCGAGGGAUCCCAGAAACCCUCCGAAGCUUCUUCCCCUCCAAAACCCCUAAUUCCCUUCUUUCCCUCUUCCUCUCUUCUCUUCCCCUACCGCGAGCUGCUCGAUCCUCCUAGCCAUCUAUCCUCACCCAUGGCGGUGCUCCCGAUUCUUGAAUUCGAAGAGAAGAUCGUGGAGACCGUGGACGAGAACCCGGUGGUGGUGAUCAUCGGGGAGACGGGCUCGGGGAAGAGCACUCAACUCUCCCAGAUCUUGCACCGGAGAGGAUACACCCGUUCUGGGAUGAUCGCCAUCACCCAGCCUCGCAGGGUUGCCGCGGUCUCUGUCGCUAGGAGGGUUGCGCUUGAACUUGGUGUUCAACUUGGUGAAGAAGUUGGUUAUGCAAUCCGUUUCGAAGAUCGAACUUCUUAUAGAACUUGCAUUAAACUUUUGUGCUAUGGAACACUCAGGUACUUGACUGACGGUUGUCUACUUCGCGAGAGUCUAUCAAAUCCGGAGUUAGAGCAGUACUCAGUCAUUAUUUUGGAUGAAGCCCAUGAACGUAGUUUGAAUACUGACAUAUUGCUGGGGUUGAUGAAACGAUUAGUCAAGACACGUUCUUCAAAUUUAAAAGUUCUUAUCACCUCGGCAACCUUGGAUGGUGUAAAGGUAUCAAGAUUUUUUUCAGGUUGUUCUAUAUUGAAUGUCCCAGGAACGUUGUUUCCUGUGGAGAAGUUGUACAGCACCGAGCGUACCACAAACUAUGUCAAAUCUUCUCUCAGAACUGCUCUUGAUAUACACGUCCGUGAACCGCCUGGGGAUGUCUUAAUAUUCAUGACAGGACAGGAUGACAUUGACAAAAUGGUGUCAAAAUUGGAGGAAAGAAUUCAAAACCUUGAGGAAGGUUCUUGUAUGGAUGCUAUUGUCCUCCCACUUCAUGGUUCAUUGCCACCCGAAAUGCAGGUACGUGUAUUCAGUCCUGCACCACCAAAUUGUAGGCGCUUUAUUGUUGCGACGAAUAUAGCUGAAACUUCUUUGACUGUUGAUGGUGUUGUAUAUGUUAUCGAUUGUGGUUAUGUGAAACAACGUCAGUACAACCCAUCAACUGGAAUGUAUUCUCUUGAUAUUGUGCAAAUUAGCAGAGUACAAGCCAAUCAGCGUGCUGGACGAGCUGGAAGAACUCGUCCUGGCAAGUGCUAUCGAUUAUACCCUGCCUCUGUCUACCAGGAAGAGUUUCUUGAUGCAACAGUGCCGGAAAUCCAGCGAUCAUCUCUUGCUGGAAGUGUUCUCUACCUGAAAUCCCUAGAUCUUCCUGACAUUGAUAUUUUGAAGUUUGAUUUUCUUGAUCCACCAUCACGUGAAUCGCUAGAAGAUGCUUUAAGGCAGUUAUACCUCAUUGAUGCAAUUGAUGAAAAUGGACAGAUAACUCAUAUUGGACGAACUAUGGCUGAGCUUCCACUGGAGCCUUCACUUUCAAGGACUUUGAUUGAGGCAAAUGAGCUGGGAUGUUUGUCUCAGGCUUUGACCGUUGCAGCAAUUCUAUCAGCAGAAAUUACAAUUCGUCCUACUAGAAGUAAGGCCAAGGAGAGGAAGAGGAAGCAGCCAUUCUCAAACCUUCCUGAUGGUUCUGGCUGGGGUGAUCACAUUCAGUUGCUUCAAAUAUAUGAGAGCUGGGAUCAAGCUGACUAUGAUCUGAAUUGGUGUAUGGAUAAUGACUUGCAGAUACGAAGCAUGAAGUUCUGCAAGGAUGUUAGGAAGCAAUUAUCUCAGAUAAUACAGAAGAUUGCCAAAGGGCCAGUGGAUGUACAAUCAAGCUUAAAAUAUAAAAAGGGCGAAAAAGACUACCAAAAAUUGAGGAGAGCUUUAUGCAGGGGCUAUGGGAAUCAGCUGGCUGAGCGAAUGUUGCAUCACAAUGGCUACCAUACACUUGGUUACAGGUCACAACUUGUGCAGGUACAUCCAUCCUCAGUUCUAGAAGCUGAUGAAGAUGGGCAGUUGCCAGACUAUGUCGUGUACCAUGAACUCAUAAAUACCUCGCGCCCUUUCAUGAGAAAUGUAUGUGCAGUUGAAAUGUCAUGGGUUCUGCCCAUGUUAAAGAAACUAGAGAAAAUGGACACCAACAGACUAAGUGGUGGUGCUGGCGUUUCAAAGGUGUGUGAACCCAUGAAGGAAAAACUAAUGAACUCAUCCACGAAAGAGGCAAAUGAUAGCAAAAAACCUGACUCUGUGGAUAGUAAAAUUCGGGCAGCUCGUGAGCGAUAUCUUGCUCGAAAAGCAAAGAAAUAGCAACUGUAUCCUUCUUGGCAAAAGGAAACCUUUUGUUUUUUUAUAAUUCUGUAUUUUCUUUUAUUACUUUUAAGGUGCUAAAAAUAGUUGCAUUCAUUUUUUUUUGCGAGAAAGUGAGAAUGUUUAUAUUGAAGUUAUAGGAGAAAUUCACAGUUAAUAACCUUAAUUUCAAUGCACUAAGCAAUCAUACGUUUGUAAAACUGAACCAAGUUUAUAAUGGACAGUAAUAUUCUUUUCAAUAUUGGGAAUC